GCCUCGCACCGCCGCACCAUGUCCGGCCAGCUGGAGCGUUGCGAGCGCGAGUGGCAUGAGCUGGAGGGAGAAUUUCAGGAAUUGCAGGAAACCCACAGGAUCUACAAGCAGAAGCUGGAGGAGCUGACCUCGCUCCAGACUUUGUGUAGUGGCUCCAUCAACAAGCAGAAGACGCGCCUGAAGGACUUGAAGCACACACUCCAGAGGUGCAGGAAGCGUGCCAGCCGGGAGGAGGCAGAGCUCAUUCAGCAGAUGAGUGCCAACAUCAAGGAGCGGCAGAACGUCUUCUUCGACAUGGAGGCCUACCUGCCCAAGAAGAAUGGGCUCUACUUAAAUCUCGUCCUUGGCAAUGUGAAUGUGACCCUUCUCAGCAACCAGGCCAAAUUUGCUUACAAGGAUGAGUAUGAGAAGUUCAAGCUCUACCUGACCAUCAUCCUGCUCCUAGGGGCUGUGGCCUGUCGAUUUGUCCUUCACUACAGGGUGACGGACGAAGUUUUUAACUUCCUGCUGGUGUGGUAUUACUGCACCCUGACAAUUCGAGAAAGUAUUCUCAUCAGCAAUGGCUCAAGAAUUAAAGGCUGGUGGGUGUCUCACCACUACGUGUCCACGUUCCUCUCUGGAGUGAUGCUGACCUGGCCCAACGGACUGAUUUAUCAGAAGUUUCGUAAUCAGUUUUUAGCGUUUUCCAUUUUUCAGAGCUGUGUCCAGUUCCUGCAAUAUUAUUACCAGAGAGGCUGCCUCUACAGGCUGCGUGCCCUGGGGGAGAGGAAUCAUCUGGACCUCACAGUGGAAGGAUUCCAAUCCUGGAUGUGGCGGGGCCUCACCUUCCUCCUGCCUUUCCUGUUCUGUGGCCAUUUCUGGCAGCUCUACAAUGCCGUCACGUUGUUUGAGCUCUCCAGCCACGAGGAAUGCAGAGAAUGGCAGGUGUUCGUGUUGGCGCUCACGUUCCUCGUCCUCUUCCUGGGCAAUUUCCUGACCACACUCAAAGUCGUGCACGCGAAACUUCAGAAGAACAGAAACAAGGGGAAGAAGCUGUGAGCCAAGGGACCUGUGCGUCCCUCCAGCCCCCCCCCACGGGGGGUUCAAGACUGCACGGGGUUCCAGCCGGCCCCCUUGCUGCCCAGUUCUCCUCACGGUGUCUGUGGACAGCAGCCAGCUCGGCGGCCAGCGCAUGGCGGGGAGGAGGGCCAAGGUCCCGGUCCCUGGCGGACAAGAGGAACGUGAGCCCUGCCUGUCCGUACAAUGUUCGCCUGCCCCAGCCUCCCUAUUUAUGACAUAUUCACGACGGCCUCCUCCCGACUGCCCCGGAACCCUCAGUCUUCCCUCGCUGCCCUCUUGGCUACGGUUGAGCCUCGGUCAGGCUUCCUGGGGUGGGGUGGCCGGAAGCCUCAGGGAGCCCCUCAGGUUGGGGUCUGGAUGUGCCUCGCUGGGGUGCCGACCGGCUCCUUACUGAUCCCCAGUGAGUGGAAGGAAAGCCCCGGGCGUCCUGUGGAACCUCCCGCCCCGGGGCCCACCGCUUCUGCUGUAAGCUCUCCUGGCCGCCCCUGCUCCGCGGUGGGGGUAUUUAAGUUCUCAGAGAACCACUGUCUGUCUGUGCCUUGUGCUCUUUGCGGUUCCCAGGCUGCCGGCUCCCCGGGGACAGCUGCCCUCCCUCCC